AUGCAGUGCGAGGUCUGCGACCGCGUGCUCGGAUCCGCAGGGUGCCCUUUGCCGCCCGCGUGUGCCGCGGCUGCCUCGUGCGCGUGCUGGCCGCGGGAGAUUACUGGCCGCUUGCGGAGGGGGGCGAGGGGGGGGUCCAUCGACGAGGGCACCGACGCCGAGGGCACCGCCGCCCCCGACGACGACUUCGACUUGCUGACCGAGCUUGCAUCGGAGCUGGGCGGCGACGACAGCCCCGCCCCCGACGACGGCGACGAGCCGCCAGGGAUCGAAGAGCUUUGUGUUGAGAUGGACGGCGACAGGUGCAGGUAUGGCGGAAUGAGCAUCAGGCUCGCCAUCUACCUCGUUAGUGUUGCGUGUGCUCGUGUGCCGGAUUCCCUCAGACUCACCGUGGGCGUCGGUGGCUCCGCCCCGUCGCGGCGGCGUCACCUGCGUGGCCGUUUCGGAUCAAAGUCGGUUGCCAGAGCCGCGGGCGCUGGCGCGCCCCGCGGGCCCUGCGCCGCCAGCGCGGCGAUUGAGGCCGCCGAUGCCAUGCCUGCGUCUUCUCCCACGGGGCGCCGCGUUGGCCGAUGGCCGCCAGAGCUCUGCGCGGCCGUGCAUGCGGGGAUUGGCACCUGGCAGGGCAAAGCUCAGAGGGGCGACAUGCUGACAGAGUUGCGCCCCGAUGGAGCGUGGCGAUGCCUGGCGUGCGCCGUCAAGGAGUUCAACGGUGACAGGCGGGGCCGCCUCGCGCGCCGCAUGCAGGCCACAAACAUAUGGGCACAAGCACUGCUGCGCGGCUUCAAGCGCCCCGCCCAGUGCGACGGUGCGUUCCCACGCGUGUCAGCGCCCAUCAUUCGACGCGGCCCGGGGAAAGGCCUUUCUUUGCCGAAGAAGAAGAAGGGCGCGCUGACUGCAUUUCCGGGUGGUCGGCUCGACAGGGACAUUGAGCUACUCUUUGGCGCCGAUGGCGAGACCGGGUGCAUCUUGCGCUGCGACGAGAAGCGCUACCACCGCGCGAGCGCGCAGUUCCUGUGCGCGGACGCCUACUCGCUCGAUUUGGUUGCUAUGUUGCUGCGCCCAACUACAAAGAGCGCGGGCGAGCGCGUGCUCUCAGCGCUGGGCGAGGAGGCAGUUUAUAGGCGCUACCUGCUUCCGUCUGGCCGAGAUGUCCUCCAUGCGAUGGCUGAGGACAUGCUGCGCCAUCCGAUCAUGCAGAGGAUGCGCGUGAUCUGUCGUCGCACCGCUGACGAGACCGCCAUUGGCAUCGACGGGCAGUGCAGCGUCCUCCUCUCCGUGCUCUACCAGCAAAAACACGGGCAGAGGUCCGGGGCGAUCUCUGACAGCUUUGUUUUGCACUUGCAGCUCUCGGCGCAGUGCCCGGGCGUAGCGAGGGUUCUGCGCCCCGUGGCUCGGGGGCGCCUUCCGCGGGUGCUGUGCGUCGCGGAGGGCCCGCUCCACGUGGCUCUGAAAGUGGAGAGCGCGGCCGGCGAGCGGGUCAUCGGCAGCGUGCCCCCCGGCCGCGAGAGAACUGUGCUGCGCCGCAUAUCGGGCGACGCCUACUCGGACAGGCCGUGCCCUGGGGCGCCCCACUUCCUGGAGGACGUCGCCGCCUCGUGCGUGGAGCGCCCCGGCGACCUGCCUCGCAAGACCAGCGGCGGCCCAGCGGUGCGCGCCAGUCCGGCGUUCGCGACGUCGCCGCGCCGGGUCGAGCACCUCUUCGACUCGUCGCUGUUCGCGGCCGGGCGCCCGGAGGUCGACGUCCCCAGCGGCGCCGCUCGCGACGAGGUCGCCACCGCGUGCGCGUCUGUGAAGUUGCCAGCGGGCUGGAUGCAGCGCAUUCCGAACCUCGCAGACGCGCGCCCAGAGGAGCGCGAGGUGCUGAUCACCGGGCCCAGCGGGGCCGGGAAGAGCACCCUCUUCCGCGCCCUGUCCGGGGCGUGGCCGUGGGCGGAGGGGGGCGCAGCCGCGCAGGGCGGCCUGGCAGGCGUCAAGGUCUUUCCCACCGAGGUGCUCGUCCUGCCCGGGCAGCUCCGGGAGGCCGUGGCGUACCCUCUCCCGCUGGACGGCGACAAGGCGGACAAGGACAUCGCGGAGGCGAUCAGGAUCGCGGGCCUGGGGCACUUGCUCGAGGACGACGGCUUGGAUUGCGAGAAGGACUGGGGGCUCGCGCUCAGCGCCGGCCAGAAGGCGCGUCUUUCGCUGGCGCGGCUGAUAUUCCAGAAGGACCGUGCGUGGCCGCGCUGGACGAGCCGGUGGCGCACCUGGACAUGCCCGCCCGCGCCCCGCUGCUGA